AUGACUCUGAGCUCCGAGAUGUCGGAUUCCUCCGUCCUCUCGGAAGAGACCGACAUCGACGUGGUGGGCGAGGGGGAGGAGGGAGGGGAGCAGGGACGCGGCACCCCUCCGACGCCGCUGGCCCAGCCCCUGCAUCGGUCGGAGCCCACCGCCGCCGCCGGUUCGGACGCCUACAAGCCGGCGUCGGCGGCCGGCAAGAACCCCCUGGUGAAGCCGCCUUACUCGUACAUCGCCUUAAUCACCAUGGCCAUCCUGCAGAGCCCCAAGAAGCGACUGACCCUCAGCGAGAUCUGCGACUUCAUCAGCAACCGCUUCCCGUACUACCGCGAGAAGUUCCCGGCCUGGCAGAACUCCAUCCGCCACAACUUGUCGCUCAACGACUGCUUCGUCAAGAUCCCGCGGGAGCCGGGCAACCCGGGCAAGGGCAACUACUGGACGCUGGACCCGGAGUCGGCGGACAUGUUCGACAACGGCAGCUUCCUGCGGCGGAGGAAGCGCUUCAAGCGGCAGCAGACGCAGGACUUGCUGCGGGAGCACGGCGGCUUCCUGCCGGCCGCCGCCUACGGGGGCUACGGGGGAUACGGCUGCGGGGGCUACGGCCUCCAGCUGCAGUCGUACCACACGCACUCCGCCCUGUUGGCCUUCCAGCAGCAGCAGCAGCAGCAGCAGUCCGCCCGGCACGGAGGCGGCGUCCUCCCCGCCGCCUCCCUCCUGCCCUCCGCGGAGCGCCCCCGGGGCCGCUUCUACCCGCAGCUGGGCGCCGCUCCGCAGGGCUCGCCGGCCGGCGCCCACAAGUCCGGCUCGCCCGCGCACCGCUCGCCCUUCUCCAUCGAGAGCAUCAUCGGCGGAGGCUCGCCGAGCCCGUCCAGGACUUCCCCGGCGGUGGCGCCGGCGAUGGCCGCCUCGCUGGGGCCGCCCUCGGCGGUGCUGCACCCGCUGGAGAACUUCACCGCCGGCGGCUGUUAA